AUGGCACGCUUCCAUAUCGCCGCCGCCUUGGGCGCUGCGACUUUGGCACUACUCGUCACCUUCCAAUUGAUCUCACAUUUCGGUCUACCCGCACUUGACUUUAUGCAUCUCACAAACGACGCUUCCAUAAUAGGAUCUGCACACAACCAGUACCCCAUAAAUUCGCCAUACGAUGUGGGGGAAAAAGCCGCCGACGAUGGGACUUUAUACAGUAUUGGUGUGGGAAAGGCAGACAUAACAGGGCCUGUCGUGGAGAUCAAUAUGAUGGGCUAUGCAGACCCCGCACAAGUUGGAUCAGGUCUUCGGCAACGCCUUUACUCCCGCGCCUUCAUUGUUGGUGACAUUGUCAACUCAGAGGACCGCUUCGUGUACUUAGUACUGGACACCCAAUCUGGUGAUACAGCUGUCAGAUACGGUAUACUCCAAGGAUUGUCCGAGUUGGGACCGGAAUAUGCUAUCUAUGGGCAAAAGAAUGUGGCUGUUACAGGGACACACUCACACUCAGGACCUGGAGCAUGGCUCAACUAUCUGUUGCCUCAAAUCACCAGCAAAGGAUUCAACAAGCAAAGCUAUCAGGCUAUCGUUGAUGGCGCGAUACUUUCAAUAAAGAGGGCGCACGAAUCUCUUGGGCCGGGUCAUCUAAGCCUUGGCUCCGUGGACAUUCAUGACGCAAACAUCAACCGAAGCCCGUUCGCAUACCUUGCAAAUCCUGAAGAAGAGAGGAAGAGAUACGAACACAGCGUAGACAAGACUAUGACUAUGCUCAAAUUCCAGAGUGCCGGGAAUGGCAAGAAUCUGGGUGUCCUGACAUGGUUUCCUGUACAUGGCACGUCAAUGCUUGGGAAUAACACCUUGAUCACUGGCGACAACAAAGGCGUUGCUGCCAUCCUUCUCGAACAAGCUGUCCAAGGAUCAGAAAAUGCCGAGGAGGGUUUUGUCGCAGGCUUCUCCCAAGCGAACGUUGGAGAUACCUCUCCUAAUGUACUGGGAGCUUACUGCGAGGACGGAUCUGGAGAGAUGUGCAAUUUCGAAGAUAGCACUUGUGGUGGAAAGAAUGAGCCCUGUCAUGGCCGAGGACCCAGAUUCAGAGAAAAAGACGAAGGUGCUUCCAGCUGCUUUGAGAUUGGCAAGAGGCAAUUCGAGGGUGCAAAAUCUCUCUAUGAUGACAUGGCUGAGAACGGCAAGCAUGUGCAAGGAGCCGGCGUCAAGUCAUUGCAUGCAUUCCAUGACCUUUCCAACUUUUCAUUCGAGCAUCCAAAUGGAUCAACCGUCUCCACAUGUCCAGCUGCACUAGGGUACUCCUUCGCAGCAGGAACAACAGACGGACCGGGCGCCUUCGACUUCAAGCAAAACAACACCGGCUCACCCAAUGCCAACCCAGUCUGGUCUGUCGUAAGUGGCUUCCUUCGUGAGCCAAGUGAGGAACAAAUAGCAUGCCACCACUCAAAACCCAUCCUCCUCGACGUAGGCGAGAUCGAGAACCCCUACCUCUGGACUCCCAACAUUGUCGACGUCCAACUGCUCCGAGUCGGCCAGCUCAUCAUCAUAGUAAGCCCAGGCGAAGCAACCACUAUGGCAGGCCGCCGCUGGAAAGAAGCUAUCCACUCCUCCGCCCUCGCAUCCUCCUUGACCGCCGGAGAAGAUCCUGUCAUCGUCCUCGGCGGUCCCGCGAACAGCUACACCCACUACAUAGCCACUGAAGAGGAAUACGGCAUCCAGCGUUACGAAGGAGCCUCCACGCUCUACGGCCCUCACACUUUAAACGCCCACAUCAACCUCACAACGUCCUAUCUACCCUACCUCGACUCCUCAUCCACCACUAGCCCCCCUCGAGGUCCCGCACCACCAAUCUACAUCAAUGAAUCUCUCAGCUUCAUCACCGGCGUCGCUUUUGACCGCGCCCCCUUUUUCAAAUCAUUCGGGGACGUGCUCUCGGACGUCGAACCCUUUUACCCACCCGGAUCCAUGGCAAGUGUCAAAUUCGUAGGCGCGAAUCCACGCAAUGAUCUUCGCCUUGAAGACACUUACGCUGCCGUUGAAAAGGCUGAUGGCAAUGGGAGAUGGGUGCAGGUCAGGAACGACGAUGACUGGAGUCUGAUUUUCCGCUGGCGGAGAACGAAUAGCGUGCUAGCUACCAGCGAGGUAGAGAUCACGUGGGAGAUUGAAGACGAUGUCGAGAGGGGUCGAUAUCGUAUCAAGUAUUUCGGAGCUAGUAAGACGCCGAUUAGUGGGACGAUUGAGCAAUUCGAAGGCGUCAGUAGUGCGUUUGGGGUUACAUAG